AUGUUCUUCUCCAUUUCAGCACGCUUCCUCUCCUUCUCUUCGUUUCCCACUGCAGGUCGCGCUGCUACCGUGUUUCUCCUUCCACCGUCCCAACAUAGUCGCUCUCGUGCUCACCCCCGGUCGCAUGCGCGCGAUUUGUCGCUCCCAUGCCUUUUCCUUUUCUCGAUUGCGCGCUCCGUCCCUCCCGUCUGCUCUUCGUUUCGCAUUUCCGCACUCUGUCCCUCCUGUCCGCUCUCCCUGUCACAUUCACGUGCUCCGUCCCUCCCGUCCGCAGGCCGUUUCGCAUUCACGCACUCCGUCCCUCCCGUCCGCUCUCUGGUUUCGCAUUCACGCAAUCCGUCCCUCCCGUCCGCUCUAUCACGAAUUAUCUAUCUCUGUCGCUCCCUUGCUCUCCCACCGUCGCAUUCUCUCUCUCCGUCUCUCCCCUUGCUCUCCCACCGACGAAUUCUCUCUCUCCGUCCCUCCCUCGCUCUCACACCGUCGCAUUCUCUCUCUCCUUCCCUCCCUUGCUCUCCCACCGUCGCAUUGUCUCUCUUAGUCUCUCCCCAUGCUCUCUCACCGACGAAUUCUCUCUCUCUGUCCCUCCCUCGCUCUCACACCGUUACAUUCUUUCUCUCCUUCCCUCCCAUGCAACCACCAUCACAUUCUCUCUUUCCGUCCCUCCAUCCCUCACACUGCCCCCUCUCUUCCUCCCUCACACUGACCCCGGGGAAAGAGCGGGUGCGGUUUCCAAGUUGGAAACCAGUCGUAAGCGAUUGGUUUUCGGCUGCAGGCGUUUUCCCCGAUGAAGCGUGUGGUUUGCGUGUAUAG